AUGUUAUUAUUAUUAUUAUUAUUAUUAUCAUCAUCAUCAUCAUCAUCAUCAUCAUCAUCAUCAUCAUCAUCAUCAUCAUCAUCAUCAUCAUCAUCAUCAUCAUCAUCAUCAUCAUCAUCAUCAUCAUCAUCAUCAUCAUCAUCAUCAUCAUCAUCAUCAUCAUCAUCAUCAUCAUCAUCAUCAUCAUCAUCAUCAUCAUCAUCAUCAUCAUCAUCAUCAUCAUCAUCAUCAUCAUCAUCAUCAUCAUCAUCAUCAUCAUCAUUAUCAUCGAAAUCAUCAUCAUCGUCCUAA